ACAGACACGCCCCCCAUGUUAUUGGCGCGUGUGGAAGACUGUAGCAGAAUGAUACAUGCUGAUAAGCAUAUUUAUUCAAAUUACUUGUAAAAUAUUGAUUGCAGCAAUAGAUUAAGCUUUAUCUACUUCUGCAUACACGGAUCAAUUAUUACGUGUGAGAAAAACAGGUGAAUAAUCAUUCACGAGACGGGAAUGUAAAUUGACAACGCGCACGCAAGCAUGCUGUCGCUGAUCAUGUUUCAAUAGAUAACAACUAGCUAUAAUAUAGGAAGUUAAAAAAAAGAUUAUCGUGGUAGAUAAAUCAAGGGGCACCUUUUCUCUUUAAAAAUGAUGAGAAGCGUAGGAAAGCUUUUGGGGUUAAGGCGAAAAUGCCCGCCUCCCAAGUCUCGCAUUGACAGGAAAAAGACUCGCGUGAAUCCCAUUGAUCGUAUGCUGGAUGACAGCGACGAGGGCUCGUACUCCAGCACUACGAGCGUCAGUUCAGAAAGUGAGUACAGGAACUCGGAAGAUGAGCCCGGUACCUCCGAUAGCUCUUAUCGAGCACGGGAGAGUGACGGGGAUGACAGCAGCGAGACGGAUGAGAAAUGCGCUGUGCCCCGACGACAGAGGAAAAGAUCCGCCAGCGCCCCUCCUCUAGAUGACAGUGAUUCCAGCGAUUCUUCCAGCGACGUCGGCGGAGAGCCGCUCAGGAGAGUGUUGCAGAGAAAACGACUCAGGCUGCCGGAGGACUCCGAGGACGAGGCUCUGAGGGAGAAGAAGAGAGAUGCAGAACUGAAAGAAGCUGCUGCCAAAAGAAGAGAGAGGAAGAAUAAACUCAUGGAGCUGUCAAAGAGAAGAAAGUCAGGCACCCCACGGCGCAGGCGCAGGACGUUGGGUUCAGAAGAAGAUGGAGAAGAGGAGAUCAAGGAGGACAACGUUGAAGAGCAGAGUAAAGCAGAUGAUUCUGAUGAUGAAUCUAGUGUGAAAGAGAAUGGGAGUCCUCUAAACAGCAGCGAGGAGGAAAAACUUGCUGAUAGUAGUGAUAGUCUCAAGGAUUUUAUUGUGGAGGAAGAUGAACAGAAAAAGGAUGAAGGUCAGGAGGAAGAGGGGGAGGCCAAAGACAAGACCUUUCUCUCUCACCUGCCUCGCCAAUUUAUCACAGGAUCUCAGCUCACCCACUUUAACGUGGUGGUCAAAGCCUUGCUGAUCAAUGUACUGGACUCAAGCUUCCUCAAGUCACUUUACAGUGGUGAACGAACAAAACGAUACGCCCAGGAGAUGAAAUCAUCAUUGCUUCAUUUUGAUGAGCGACUGGUUCUUCCACGUCUGGAAAACCUGAAGCAGAGGAGCCGCUGGAAAGACCGUUACAAAGAAAGGGUAGAAUGUUAUCCCAAAUUGCGGGUAAUGAUGACAAGGGUCCAGACGAAGGGAUGCGAAGCCUGUGAGCUUCACAGAACGGGCCGCUUCACUGUGCAGCUCUCUGGCCAGUUGUACCACAACAAAACCCUGCAGGAGGACCAGUUCAUGCCUGAUGAUUCCCAGAGUUUCUUUGUUGGCUCUGUCUGUGCCAGUCGUACCGAGGUCUACCAUGCCCUAAAGCACUUUAAAUACCAUCUGUUUGAGAGGUGCCACACCGCUUUAGAAGCUCAGAAGGAAAUACAGCAUGGAGAAACAGGAGAGGAUGACGAACCAGUUAAGGACACAGUCAACAAAGUUUUUACUAAACUGCAGGAUGGAGGAUGGAUCAGUGAGCAAUAUGAGAAGUUUCAGGAGCAUCUCAAUUCUGCUGAUUUCUUCCAGGAAGAAAAGCUGGACUGAAAGUGCUGAAUUUUCCCUAAUGGCAGUUUUAUUUCUGUAAAUUAUAUAUAUAUUUUUGUCAUAUGAAGCAUGGCUAACUUUUGAGUUGCUGAAAAGUGUGUGACCUUAAGAUCUAGCAUUUUAAUUUUCUAAUCAUACUGCUGUGUAAAUUGCUUCUGCAUGAUUGUUAUAAAUUAAGUAAUGAGUAUAUACAAACAAUAAUACAGCCUAAAAUGUAACAAGUUUGUCCGAAUCGUGAGGAUUAAAAGAAAAAGACAACAGUAUUUUACACAGAACAUUGUGCUUUCAAAGAUCUGUAUGCUAUUUUUAUGCCUUCAUUUAUAAAUAAUCUCAUUCUAAUGCUUCUGUGUAAAUGCAUCCAAGUAAUUUUGCAGUGCUUGAAUGUUCUUUUAAUAAACAAGAUUCAUAACCA